AUGUAAUUAAAUUAUAAACUAUCUAUUCCUUCUUUUUUAAUUAGUGAAGAAGAUGGAAGGACAGUUCAUUAUUAAAUAAAAAUACAAAAUUAGAAUAAAGAAUGGGUAGUAUAAAAGAGGUAUUUAAAUUAUUUAGAUAGAUAUUCCGAAUUUAAAAAAUUAAAGGACAGUUUAACAUAAUAUUUUGGAGAUAUAUUACCUGACUUACCUAAAAAGAAAUAUAUAACAUUUUUAGUUGGUAAAUCUGACUAAGAAUUAGACCAAAGAAGAUAGGAAUUAGAAAAAUUUUUACACGUGAUUUCUCAAAAUGAAAGAAUUAUAAAUAGUGGUUAAUUUUAGAGUUUUUUAAAUUUAACUUAAAGUAAAAUCUAAGUAACCAUUUUACAAAAUUUUAAAUUUGGAAUAAGAGAUUUUUAUUAUAGUGAAGAUUUACUGAUUAUAUUAAAUGCAGAAACUAAUGCUUUAAGCAGAUUUGAUGCAUAUAUUUAGAAUAUUAUAGAUGAUGAAGCAAUAGUUCCAGUUGGUUCAAUAGAAUGCUGGGAACAUUCAGUUAAGAGUUGGACAAAAAAAUAUAAUUCUUAAGCUAUUUGUUUAUAUUUUCAUAAUCAAUCACUUUUAAUUGGUUUAGAUAAUGGAAUGAUCAAUUAUUUAACUAUAUUACCUGGAAAAAUAAAUACAAGUUAUGAAAUUGAAUAACAUUAAAGUAGAGUAAUGGGAGUGUAUCUAUUUAAUUAAUUAAUAUAUUCUGUUAGCAAGGAUUAAAACUAUAGAGUAGUAAAUUUUUAAACAGGAUAAUUAGAAGUUGAUUAUCAUCACAAUUAUGAAUUAACUUGUCUUAAAUUCAAUGAAAUAAGAAAUUGUGCAUUUAUAGGAGAUAGAAAUGGAUAAAUUAUGAUAUUUCAAAAUUCUUCUAAAUUAAUUACCUUAGAUUUCAAUGAUUAAUUUCUAAGAGAUUUAGCAGUUGAUCCAAUUAAAAAUUAUUUAAUAGGAAUAUGUUUUUAUACUGGUUCUACUAUUGUUUAUGAUAUUGGAGGUAUUGGUUAGGUAAUAAGAGAAUAAAUUAAUUUAGGAAAAAAAUACAAAAAAGAUUACAUAAUUCAAAAAUAAAGAUAAAAGUAGAUGUGUAUGUUGGUCAAGUAGUAGAGGUGAAGUUUUUAUUGGUAAUAGUGAUGGUACAAUUACUAUUUGGAGUGCAAAGGAUUGUUCACCUAUAAAAGAAUAUUAAGUUCAUUAAAAUGAAAUAACAAAAAUGAUUUGGAAUGAAGAUGCUUCAAUUUUAAUGACUUCAAGUAAGGAUAAAACUAUAAAAAUUAUAUGUCUACCUAAAAGAUGGGAUGGUGAAAUCAUUAUUGAAAAAUAAAAGAAAAGUUUAGAUGACAUAGAAUAGUGGGAUUAAAAUAAUUGA